AUGAUUUCGAUAAAGACAUUUCGCUGUCGAACUUCCUUACUGGUCGCGGCGGCAAACGUGACUGGUCCGUGGCCUGCAAACGGCCCCGCGCGAAUGGUCGCCUCGCCUACCGCAUCGCAGUUCGCACCGCCGAUCCCCGUGGCCAGGCCGGGGGUACCACACGCGCUCGCGGUGGAGAAUCCCCCUCUGGGCGUCCAACACCGGGACACUCAGCACCCGGUGGUGGACGCACAGGCUGCCCUUCGUAUUCUGGGGGGGGCAAUUCUGCGCUCAACAAAAACAGUCAUCGUUCUCGGGGCAAACGGAGCAAUUCAACAAAGGCACCCCCGUCCACGCUCGCCGUGGACUUCACAAAUGUUAGGGGGCUCAAUUCCAAUAUCAACGCAGUCCACUACCAUUUAG